CACUAACACAAGCCAAUGUCACUGCUGCCCUGCUACUGUAUCAGUCCAGUCUGUAGACUCCAUAGAUAAUAACCACACUUCAAGACAGGCAAACCUGAAGAGAAUGGGGAACAGUAAGAGCAUUGAAUUUUGUCCAAAACAUGGGCGUCACUGUCUGGGGCCCCUGUUCUUCCAUAAAGGGGUAUUGGGGACCCAGGUGUGUUUGAGUCUGGGAGGUAGGCGUGUGGAGAGGAACAGGGAGACCUUCCGGAAUGGUCUGACCUUCAGCAGUCGUCCAGUCAGGGUCCAGGAGAAGAUACAUCUGCGGGUGGAGCUUUGUGACCAGCACUGGAAUGGAGCUUUGCGGCUGGGAUUCACCUCCAUACCCCCCUCCUCCUGUGGGCCACUCUUCCCCCCUGCCAUGGCCAUCCCUGACCUCACCACCACCGACCGGUACUGGGCAUCCCCCGUGCCCUCCAGCCUCAACAUGCCAGGGGCAGAGCUCCGCUUCUGGGUGACCCCUAAAGGGGUGCUGGUGUACGAGGGGCCAAAUCGUGUGAGGUACCUGCUCCUGAAGGGGGUGGAUGUGAGAAGCCCCCUCUGGGCUAUUAUAGAUGUCUACGGGCAGACCAGAGCUGUGCUCUUAUUGGGAUCAAAACAAAAAGGAUGCAAUACGCGGAGGUCCUGCCCUGUCCCUCCUCCUCCCUCUGUGUCUUAUGAGGACAGCUGCAUGUAUGUGAACAAGGGUCAUCCCAGAUGCACCCCUCGGGGCAACCACCUCCCCACUGACCCUAUCACUACCACACAGAUGGACUCCUCUGCAGAGCGGGACUUGGUUGAAGAUUGCGCUGUGUGUCUAUCCUUGAGAGCUUCUGUGGUCCUAUCCUGUGGGCACCGCUGCCUGUGCCAAUGCUGCGCAGUGCGCGUCACCGCGGAGUUCGGAAUCUGCCCGCUGUGUCGCCAGUCAAUCAGAUAGCGAGGACAGGUGGAAAGAAAGUUGACUGACAAAAAUUGAAAGCACAUUUUCUAUACCAGGUGAAAUCGCACAUCAUUAGUUCAUUGUUAUGGAUGUGCCAAAUAAAUGUCACUAGAAAACACCUUAGACAAAUGCAGUUACUUUGUUAUUACUCUGGCUGCACUGUUUGACGUGACCUUAAGUUCGCCAUAGUUGGCUAGCUAGCAAGCAAGGGAUAAGAACGUUGCCAGCCAGUAUGGCAGUAGAACAUUUAGAUAGAACGACUGGGUCACGUCCAUAGAUACUGAACAAAAAUACUUAAUGACUGGGUCACGUCUCUGGCAACGAACCGAUAGAAAGAAUGACCUGCCGGCUUGGGUAGCAACCCUAGGUUUGUGUCGGGACUAUAUGUUUCGGGGCAAUAUGUUGUGGAAGGAUGAAAUAGUGUGAAUAAAUUCAUAAAAAUAACAUUUUCAAUGAAAAUAUGUAAAUAAUUUGAAUAUGUUGGUAACCCCUUGUAUAAAAGUGAUAAUACCCUCGAAGCCGGUGUUUGGAGGAUAUAUUGUCACUAUUUGCAGGCCCUUGACUUCUUCUCGGGCCUAACAACACCCGUGCCAAUAUAUCCUCCAAACACCAGCUUCAAGGGCACUAUCACUUAAAUAACAGGCCCAGGCUAUGCUGUGUUAGAUGAAUAGGCUUUAGCCUACUACUUGAUGUACUGUAGGCCUAGACUUUGUCAAUGUACAGAUGUGUUAAUAGUUUCACGAUAUAAAUCCACAUGUAAAUAAAAGUGCAUUUAUCCUCAAAGGUACACCGUUCUUUUUGUUUGUAUUUUUACAUUGUAGUUAUUUAGCAGUCGCUCUUGUCCAAAGUGAUUUACAUUUUAAGAUAGCUAGGUGGGAAAACAACAU